UAUCCGUUGAAGAGCCUUCAAGACCUGUCACAACGGUUGAGACUGCAUUGAAUAAUAACACAUCAGAACAGCAGACAACAGAACAAAGCCAAACUACUCAAGGCAUGGACUUUUGGACCACUGUCCGCGACCAUCCUGUGAAGUUGCGGAUGACGAGUAAAGGUGGGGGUUCGGAAAACCCCAUCACCAUAGCAACACUACUACAGCAAACCGUCCAGAGGGUCCCAAACCACACAGCACUAGCUGUGAAGCGUGGUGGCGAAUGGAAAAAAUGGACGUACCGGCAAUACUACGAUGACGUGUGUAGAGCAGCCAAGAGCUUUAUCAAGCUUGGUCUUCAGCCAUAUUACAGUGUCGGGAUCCUUGGGUUCAAUUCUCCGGAGUGGUUUAUUGCAAAUAUAGGCACAACAUUUGCUGGAGGUUUAUCUACAGGAAUCUAUGCGACAAACACACCUGAAGCCUGUGAGUUUAUCGCCAGCAAUGCAAAGACCAAUAUAAUUGUUGUUGAAAACAAUCAGCAGCUACAGAAAAUCCUGAAGAUCAAGGCCAACUUGCCUGACCUUAAAGCAAUUGUUCAGUACACGGGCGAAGUGGCUGGAAGGGAAAAAAAUGUUUAUUCAUGGGCAGAGUUUAUGCAACUGGGAGGAGACGUUCCAGAUGACACCCUCAUGUCCAGACUGAAUGCACAGUCACCUAACAGAUGCUCCACACUCAUCUACACUUCUGGAACGACGGGCAACCCAAAAGGUGUAAUGCUUAGCCAUGAUAAUAUAACUUGGAAUGCAGUGGUUUCCUGCAAAGCCGUAGACCUGACGUUUGGUCACGAGGUGAUGGUGAGUUACCUGCCCCUGAGUCACGUGGCCGCCCAGAUGCUGGACAUCUACAUCUCCAUGGCUUGUGGAGGCUCGGUGUAUUUUGCACAGCCCGAUGCUCUCAGGGGCUCCCUAGCGACGACCCUGAAGGAGGUGAGGCCCACCUCAUUUCUCGGGGUUCCCCGCGUGUGGGAGAAGAUGAUGGAGAAGAUGAUUGCAGUGGGUCGCAACUCAAGCGGGAUGAAGAAAAAGAUCGCCAUAUGGGCCAAGGGUGUUGGACUGCGGGGGAGCUAUAACAUCAUGAAUGGCACUGGUUACCCGAUGUGCUGGGGUCUGGCCAACACUCUGGUUUUCAAGAAGGUACGCCUGGCACUUGGUUUAGACCGAUGCAAGUUUUUUUUCUCCGGUGCUGCUCCCAUCACCAAGGAAACGGUCGACUUCUUUCUCAGUUUGAACAUAGCUAUACAGGACAUUUACGGCAUGAGUGAAUCAACAGGACCACAUACAUUUUGUCGUCAGGGUACUGGGAACAGAGUAACCAGUGUUGGUUAUUCCGUGCCAGGGAUCCACACUAAACUCGCCAACCCCGAUGCGGAAGGAACGGGUGAGGUGUGUAUGUAUGGUCGCCAUGUCUUCAUGGGGUACCUGGAGGAGGAGGCGAAGACGAAGGAGACAUUAGACAGCGAUGGAUACCUGUUGACAGGGGAUCUUGGACGCAUAGACAAAGACGGCUUUCUCUUCAUCACAGGCAGAAUUAAAGAGCUGAUCAUCACAGCUGGUGGGGAGAACGUGGCCCCGAUCCCGAUAGAGGAAGCAGUGAAGGAAUGUCUGCCGUGUGUCAGUCAGUGUAUGCUGAUCGGAGACAAGAAGAAGUUUCUGUCCAUGCUCAUCACUCUCAAGACUGAGGUAGACAUGGAAAGCCUUGAGCCGUUGGAUCAGCUGACGAAGCCGGCGGUGGAGUGGUGUCGGUCGGUGGGGAGUGCAGCGACGACGGUGUCAGAAAUCAUUGGCAGUCAGGAUGUGAACGUCCUCAAGGCCAUCCAGACCGGCAUUGACCAGGCCAACGCCCGGUCCGUGUCCAGGGCUCAGAAAGUCCAGAAGUGGUCCAUCCUGCCAAAAGACUUUUCCAUACCUGGAGGGGAAUUAGGUCCCACGAUGAAGCUUAGAAGACCUAUCGUGAGCAAGAUGUACUCAAAAACCAUCAACGCUUUCUAUGCCGACACAUGAAUACUGUGAUAAAACGUUUUGCUCUUUAUACAAAUGAAACUGAUAUACUGUAAUGCACUUACUGGUCCAAUUGUGUUAGGAAAUAUCAAGAUUGGCCACCUGUACAUUUGCUCAUACAUGUAGAUCACCAAAACAAACCCAUGAUUGUGUUGGUUAAUUUGCAGUUGAUUGAAAGAGAAAUUUCAAAACAAAAUCUCAAUACAAGAGAAAAUGUGUUGAGUGCGUCGUUAAAUAAAACAUAUCCUUUCUUCAGAGAUAGCUGUUGGUAUCAAUAACCAUUCACAUUGAUCUCCAAAAACUGUUAGCACUGAUUUCAGAAAACUUGGAUCUCCAAAAACUAUCGGCACUGAUUUCAGAAAACUGGCAUCUUUUUUGGAUCACUAUCAGCAUUACUUUUAGACAACUGGCAACAUUAAUUUCAGACAAACUGUUAAUAUUGAUUUCAAACUUGGUGAACACUGAUUUCAAACAGCCGUCGGUAUUGCUUUCACUGAUAAUGUUGUCACUGAUUUCAUAAAACCACACACAUUGCUUUCAUACAACUGUUGGCAUUAAUUUUAUACAGCUUUUGAUAAUUAAUUUCAUACAGUUUGUUGGCAUUGUUUUCAUACAACUGGUGGUGUUAAUUUUAUACAGCUUUUGAUAAUUAAUUUCAUACAGUUGUUGACAUUGUGUUCAUACAACUGUUGGCAUUAAUUUCAGACUCCGGUUUGUGUUCAUUUAAGCCGUUGUAUUGAUUAAAAAAAUGUCAAGUUUAAGGAGAUCGAACAUAAUUUCGUUUUUUGCGGGAUGUUAACACAAGUGCCUCUCUACAUACCAUCAGUUUAUUCUGAGGGGUGCGAAAUGCCAUGCUCCUUUAUUAUUGAACAAACUAUACGUCUAAAUUUCAGUUACAUGUAAGAGAUGAUUGAAAGAUGUUGCAGAUUGUAUAUUUCACAAUUUGAAGGCAACCUAAUUUACAUGUAUGACAAGAUUAACAAUAACAGUUAUGUAAAAUAUGUAAAAAAAACUUAACCUAUUUUUCUAUAAUUAUAUUCUUAGAGCUGUAAGACGUGUUUUUCUGGAAUUUUUACAGACUACUGCAGCCCAUUUUUUUAUACGAAGAAUCAAACUAUUUCAUGUACAUAAUAUAUUCGAAAGUAAUUGUACAAAGAACCUUUUUUGUAUGAAAAACAUUUCAAUGUUAUCAAAAAAAUAAAAUUUGUGUUUCAAUUUAAUUAUUUUUAACAUUGUUCGUAUAAAUAUAUAACAAUAAUAAUUUAAUUUUGUCGCAAAAAAUGUUUUGCUCUAGCUUGAACACAUUUGGGUUUUUAACUUUUACUUGUGAAGUGCAACCUCUCAAAACCAGACCCUCUGUGAACUGGAAUUCCCUCAAAACCAGACCCUCUGUGAACUGGAAUUCCCUCAAAACCAGACCCUCUGUGAACUGGAAUUCCCUCAAAACCAGACCCUCUGUGAACUGGAAUUCCCUCAAAACCAGACCCUCUGUGAACUGGAAUUCCCUAAAAAAUCAGACCCUCGUGAAACCAGACCUUUUACUUGUUUUGAGGGUGCCCGGUUUAGAGGAGCUUUAUUGUAUCAUACUGUUGUGGCUCAAUUUGUAUCUUACAUGAAAAGAAGAUCAUUUAUUAGUUUAUUUAUUUUGAAAAUAAAUGUCAUUACAUCCGAGAAAUUAUGUCAAUGGUUAUAAAUCAAUAUUGCUGACGGCACGUCGUCAUGUUUGUCUAUAAUUGCUCUCCGUGUGUCCCUGUUGUCUCCGAUUAUUUCAAGGAGUAAUUUUGAGGAAUGUUUUUAUACUCUUCUGGAUUUGUAAAGAAAAAUGAAGUCUUGAUGUAAGCAUGCAGGUAAAUUCCCAGCAUGAAUUAUUACCUCUGUGAGCUGCAGUGCAAGUUGAUAAUUAUGCUUAUUCAUGAUCUGAUUUGUUUGUGUGUGUCUGUUUUUCUUAAUGUUUUUAUAAUAAUUUGUCUCAGGGAUCAGAAUAUUGAUUUUUAAAAAUAUUUAUAUUUGUACAUGUAUUAAUAUUGUGUAAAUCUGUUGUGCUAAAUCAAACUGAAAAAAACAACAAACCUUUGUAUAAUAUUACAUGUACUUACAUAAUCCAUUGUGGGUCAGAAUAUGUUGGGUUUGCUUUCUUUCUGGGUUUUGUUUUUCUUCUCUUUUUUUUGUGGGGUGGGGAGAAGAUAGCCAUGAAUUUUGUAUUCAUCUAGUAUCAAAAGAUUACAGUAAUAUAUAUUAAUAAUAGCUCUCUUUUUUUUAAUAUUUAAUAUUUUUUAUUUGUUUAUGUAACAAAUAUGAUAAAUAUGUAUUGUAUUAUUAUUUUGAAUCAAACUUUAUUUUCA